AUGUCGAAAAUGAUCGAUGCGAGUGAAAUUCAGGAGAUGCGGAAUUUGUUAAACGAUGCAUUCGUUCGAAUCAGCGUUCUUCAGGAGAAUAUUCAAGAUCUACAAAAAGAAAAUCUUCUUCAUCAAAAUCGAAUUCAAAAUUUAGAAGAGAAAAUUUCUGACCUUCAAAGUCAAAAUUAUCGAGUGUCAAUGGAAACUAUGGAGUUUACUGAAUGGAUGGAAUCGAAUGAAGAGAAAUUUUCAUUAUGGAAUAAUGUUUCCUAUCGUAAUGCAUUACUUAAAUACAUGGGAAAACUGUAUGGAUUACGAAAUAGUACAGAACUUGCCUUGAAACUUUUAAAUCUUGGAUUGAACAAAAGCGAUGAACUUUAUCAACUCUAUCUGAUUAUUCAAGAAUUGGAACAACAACCUGGUGCAAAAGAAUCACUUCAAAAAUGGCAAAGUCAAACUCGAUCAAAAAAACGUUUAGCUGAAAUUCAAACAAUGUUCGAUCCCGAAAAUUUCCCGGUACGAGAUUUAAUUCUAAAAGAAGCGUUUCCUAUGGGUAGAGUCAUCGAUCGUAAAUCUAUUCGUGGUUAUUUCGAUUUUAUUUGUCGCGAUGGUUUCAUCACUGUCGAAAUUGGAGAAUAUCUUCAAUUACGUAAGAAUGAUAUUUUCGGUGGAAAUGAUUACGACAGUCACAAUAAUUAUCUUACACAUGUGAAUAUUGAUUUAACUCAAUCGAGAAUUCAUCUCGUCGACAAUUGUGUGGAUUUAAUAACUUGUUUCGUUGUUCUUCAUCGCGUUGCUGAUUUACGUUCGAUUUUAUUGGAAUUUGUUCGAAUUUUACGUUCAAAUGGAUAUCUUAUCCUUCGUGAACAUGAUUGUAAAACUGAACAUUCAAUUACAAAUAAAUAUUUGAAUUUUAUUCAGGCAUUUAUGAGAAUUGCAAAGAUUGGUGAAUUCGCUCAUUUAGAAAAUAAUUCGAAUGACAUCGCAUCGAAUUGGGAAAGACAGAAAGUAGAAAUUAUUAAAAGUACAAGUUCAAAUCAAUAUCGCACCAGACAAAAAUGGCAAGAAGAAUUGGAAAAUGUCGGUUUUCGUCGUCUAGCUGAAUGGGAUUAUCCUCGAAAUUCGAAUCUUCAGAAACUAUUUUAUACCGUUUAUCAAUUAAACAAGAAAUAA